GCAAGCGGGCGGGCGGCGCUCGGUCUCGGGAAGCGGGGCGGUCUCCGCCGGCGUCGCGCGCGCUGUGUGUGAGCGGGGUCGCGCGCGCGCGCGCGGCAGGCGAGUGAGGGAACGAGGAGCGGCCGGGUGUGAGUGUGUGGGAGUGAGAGUGUGUGGGAGUGGGGGUGAGGGAGAGGCUGACGGGCCGUGAGGCUGUGAGAAACUGGGCGAGUGUGCGAGGACGCCCGGCCUGGCUGCGGGAGCCGCGGUCGGCGGAGGAGAAAGGAGGCGGCUCCCGGUAUUCCGACCCCCUCCCCCUCCUCUCCUUCCCCUCACUUCCAGCCGCCCGGCGGCCCGCGCUUCCUCGAAGGCCCCAGCCCGGCUCCGUCGGCCGAGAGCGAGGGAGGAGCCCCCUGAGCCAGAUAGACAUUACAUCCAAGAGGAUAUAAUCCAGGCAAGGAAACACAAGCUAAUCAAGAUGUGUAGUUCUGUGGCUGCCAAGUUGUGGUUUUUGACAGAUCGUCGCAUCAGGGAAGACUAUCCUCAAAAAGAGAUUUUACGAGCGCUGAAGGCCAAAUGUUGUGAGGAGGAACUGGACUUUAGGGCUGUGGUGAUGGAUGAGGUGGUGCUGACAAUUGAGCAAGGAAACCUGGGUCUGCGGAUCAAUGGAGAGCUAAUCACUGCCUACCCACAAGUGGUGGUAGUCAGAGUACCAACCCCUUGGGUGCAGAGUGAUAGUGACAUCACUGUUUUGCGCCAUCUAGAGAAGAUGGGAUGCCGGUUAAUGAACCGACCUCAAGCCAUCCUGAACUGCGUUAAUAAGUUCUGGACAUUUCAAGAGUUAGCUGGCCAUGGUGUUCCUCUGCCAGAUACUUUCUCUUAUGGUGGCCAUGAAAAUUUUGCUAAAAUGAUUGAUGAAGCAGAAGUACUGGAGUUCCCAAUGGUAGUAAAGAAUACGCGGGGUCAUAGAGGUAAAGCUGUUUUCUUGGCUCGAGAUAAGCACCAUUUGGCUGAUCUAAGCCAUCUUAUUCGCCAUGAAGCACCAUACCUGUUCCAGAAGUAUGUUAAAGAGUCUCAUGGACGGGAUGUACGUGUCAUUGUCGUGGGAGGCCGUGUGGUUGGCACCAUGUUACGUUGUUCAACAGAUGGGAGAAUGCAAAGCAACUGCUCAUUAGGUGGUGUGGGGAUGAUGUGCUCAUUGAGUGAACAAGGGAAGCAGCUAGCUAUCCAGGUGUCUAAUAUCCUGGGGAUGGAUGUAUGUGGCAUUGACCUGUUGAUGAAAGAUGACGGCUCCUUCUGCGUCUGUGAGGCCAAUGCAAAUGUAGGUUUCAUCGCCUUUGAUAAGGCUUGUAAUCUAGAUGUAGCUGGUAUCAUAGCAGACUAUGCCGCCUCCCUUCUACCCUCUGGCCGGCUCACCCGGCGUAUGUCCCUGCUCUCCGUGGUAUCCACUGCCAGUGAGACUAGUGAGCCGGAGCUGGGUCCCCCAGCCAGCACUGCUGUUGACAACAUGAGUGCAAGUUCCAGCUCUGUUGACAGCGACCCUGAAAGCACGGAGCGAGAGCUGCUCACCAAGCUCCCAGGGGGCCUGUUCAACAUGAACCAGCUGCUAGCCAAUGAAAUCAAACUGCUGGUGGACUGACUCCACUGGUAAUUAACCAACAAAACCCUUGUAAAACUUUCUUUCUUUUUUCUUUUCUAUUUUUGAAACCAACUUGCAAUGCUGUUCAUGGAGGAUGCUCAGAAGAUGAGAGAAAAUUAGUAGGAUUAGUUGGAGAGAGUGGGAGAUAGAUGAGACCUCUGCUCGUAAGAUGUUACUUUCAUUUACAAAUCCUACAAAUAGAGAGGCAGAAGAGGUGGGGUAUAGAAAAAUGUCAGGCUCUCAUAGUUACCCUUUUAAAUUGCUAAAAAAUUUGUCUACUCAUAGGCCAUGAGGAACAAAUACUUUUUUUUUCACGGUCCCUUGCUUUUGUUUUUGUACAAAAAAAAAAAAAAGUUUUGCUACAAAUAUCCGAGUAGCAUAACUUCACAUUGUGUUGGAAGAUUUGUCAUUGAGGAAAACAUCUGCUUAAAUUGCAGGAAUUUUUCUAUUAUACAGCUCUGAAAAUUCUGCCAUUUCCUUAUUAACUAGCAGCUUUAGUUUGUAGUUUAUGAAAUCUCGAGGGGCUCUUUUACUGGGAUUUCUUAUUUUUGUUUUUUCCCCCUUAAUUUGGUGGGAGGGUCAAAGUGACUAUAACCCAAUAAAGACUUCUUAAUAACAAAAUUGGCAUGUUUGCAUGAUGAAAUGGAAAUGAACAGUAUUGCAAUGUCCGGUAUACAAAAUAACAUUUAUUCAAUGUAGAUAAAAUUACACUAGUUUAAAAUAUGUGCAUUGACUUGUAUUUGUUAGUGUUUUAGUCUUUUUUGGAAGAUGUGCUCUGUUAAUGUUGCUUUUUUUUUUUUUUAAUACAUGCUAGUCUAACAUUUCCUGCUCUAUGCCUGCAUCUUUAACAAUGGCCAAAGUGAAGAAAAUGCUACCUUUUUUGUUAACAAGACACUGACUUGAAACGUGUACAUUUAAAGCCUUUUAUUUUUUCCCUUUUUCUUUUGGUGGUUGGGCAUUUAAAUAAGGACAAGGAAAAAUAUUUUUGGGGGCAAAUCAAGAGCCUAUGAGUUCUAAGUAUACAGCUGAAGUGAUUUUGAAUGCCAGCGUUAUAUAUUUGCAUUUUUCACAUUUUACGAGGGAGUAUAUGUGUAUGUGUGUGCACGCAUGCAUGUGUAUGUGUUUUGCUUUUUGUUUACAUCAACUAAUCAAAAAGGAUAAUUUAGAAAAUGGAGCAUGAUGGGAAACAGAGUUUAUGACUUUAAAAAACAGAUGAGUUGUUUUCAUAAGUAGACUCCACUGGGGUAGAGGUAUUCACCUUAAAACAUAGGGUGAAUAGAUGCUUUUUUAGGCCUUUUUGUGUAUAUGUACGUUGUUUGUUUUUUUCCUUUUGUUUCUAGCCUGUUCAGUGUACAGUUUAUUCAAGGCUACAUGCUUUUCUUUAAUGCUUCUGGCUAUGCAUUUUCUCUUUUUACAUAUAGGAUUUGGGAUUGGGGGUGGGUUGGAUGUUUUUGUUUGGGGACUUAUUUAGUAGUAUUGAGUCUCUUAUAGCCCUACUCUUAAGCCUUCAAUACUGUCCACUCUUUAUAUUCCUUUACUUUCAGAAUUUAUAAAAGCCCCCAAACUGCAUAUAAUAUGAGCCUUUAAAACAUGGGUAAAACUAAUCCCAUUGAUGGGUUUGGAUGGUAUGUUAAGAAACGGAGAUGCUGCAGAGCCCAACGUAAUUUUUUAAACAGCAAGUUUUCCAUCUCCCUACAAAUCCUCUGAAGCUUUUACCCAAGCCUUUCUUGCCUCUCCAGUGCUAUUUUCCUUCAGAUGGACCUUAAACAUAAUUUCUUGGACACUACUAGAGAGACUUCGAGGCAAUAAUAAAAUAUCAGUAUUAACCAGCUAUAACAGAGGUUUGAUCAUGCUUACUUGUACAGUUUUUCCCCCGUUUUAAAAAGGAAUGUAAUAAAAUUUGUUUUUUCCGUAGAAUUAAAUAAUAUUAAAAUUGAGUGAAAGGUUGAUUGUUGAUGAAUAGAAUAGUACCUCUCAUCUGUGCAGUGUCUCAUUUCACCUCAGAGAAAAGGAUACAUAAGAGGAGUUUGUAAUUUAUCUUAGGAUAUUCUAAUUGCAUUUAAAAGAACUUGCACAGGGUAACUGGGGGACUCACAUACAUAUAUUAGUACCUCUGACUCAUUAACAGAAAGAAAUACUUGGUACUUCUUUCACUGAAAGACCAUACUGUGGAGGAUGCAUACUAUUUGGUAUAGAGAAAUAAAUGAGGAAGAAAGAACUGCUUAAUUAAAUUAUCAUUCAUAUGUUCAUGUAGAGACCAUCUGGUUGCCAUGUGUAUUAUGACAAUACACUUUGAAUAGUUACAUAUCACAAGUAUGUAGAUGAAUACAUUUAAACAACCUCUUUAUUCAAUGAAAAGGUCAUGUUUGUGUUGGUGGGGUAAGGCAUCAGGAAAAAUGUAGUUAGUCUUUUUUUAACUUAUAUCAAAUUAACCAACUAUAUUGUAGGAAAUAUGUGAAAUUAGUUCAUUAGCUUUAUUCACUGUUAUGCAUUCACAUGAUAUUAAAACACACACUCACAUGUUAGAAUGAAAAGAGCAGUAAUUAUCUUAGAUUUUAAAAACAUGGAUAUCUUCUUGAAUUCCUUCAAGAUUAAGGUAAAGAAUAAGAGCAAAUCAUUCUGGAACUACCCUAAGGAAACAGCAGCAGAUAUUUAGGUGAAAGUUAAAUUUAUUUUCAUAAUUGUUUAAUAACUUGUAUAAUCUUCAUUGCUAUUAUAAGAGAUAAAAUUUGUAUAUCAAAUAUGUGUAAUGAUAAAAUCUGAAUUAUUGUAAAUAUUUUGCAUAUUGUUAAAAUUGUAAUUCUAAAUUGUAUUUCAAAAAUAAUUAUUUCUGAUAUUGUUUUUAUGUCACCCAUGAUGAAAACUGGACUUUAUAUAUCUAAACAUAUAAGUAUGAACUCUUCUAUUUAAAAUUUUUAAUAGUUUUUUUCUUUUUUGGUGCCUAUAAUUGAUUGGUCAUUUCUGCUGGCUUUUCUCCAAUGAACAUUGAAAUCUUUCUGUAUAUGUUAUCAAUAAGAAAACUACCCUGGAACAGUAGAAAAACCCAACAAGAGACUUCAUUCAUCAAGCACAUUAUCAGACUUUGAGAAGGUAUUGAAGGCAUUGACUUUGAAAAUCAUCUUUUUCUCAAGAAGAAAGCAAUGGAGAAGCAAAUUUGCUUCAUUCAGUGAAUCCCCAGUUUGGGGUUUGUGGGGCUUAGAGACAUUGUGAAAUCAAAUCUUGUGUUAUACUUUUCUCCUGGCUCACUUUUUUUGAGAAGGUUUAUGGGCUAUUUGGCUGGUGAGACACGAUCCCCUCCUAAGAAAAUGUAGGUGCUCAGACAGGUAACCACUGCUGCUACUGUUUUUAUUUGUUUGUUUGUUUAAUUUUAUUUAAGAUUUGUUUUUGUUGUACUAGGAUUUUUAAAAAUGUAAUAUAUUGCAGGAUUUAUAACCAGGUUCACUGACUGCUUGCUUGCUUUCUUUUUUUUUUUUUUUUUUUUCUUUUCUUAAAAAAAGAAAACAAAAUUUCAUUUAAAAUACAUUUAGGCACCUUUGGAGCUUGGAUUUUGGAAUGUUUCAGUAGUGGACAGAAAUCUGCUGUUGGAAUCUUCUAGUCUUCCAGGUUUAAUUUGAAAUGUUUUUAGUUUUGUUUUGGAUUUUUGUGUGGUAUUUUAUUUCCUUUAUACCAAUGCCAUUUUGCCAUGCUGUUUUGGGGUGGCUGCCUAACUCUAGUGAAAAUUCUUUCUGUAUUAACGAAAGUUUGGCCUUUGAAAAUCCUUAAUGUUUUGCAUUUUUUACAUUGUUUUUAAAGAAAUAUUCUAACUGCUUGCACUGUUACUGUUCUUUACCAGCCUUUUCAGGAGCCAAAAAAACAAAUACAAACAAACAAAAAAAUACCCAGAGAAAAAACUUUCCUUCUUCCCCCUUCCUGAUGAUGAGUGAGAAGUAUUGAGAACUUUCGGGGUCAGUGCCCUUCUAAACUCCCCUUCCCCCAAUAAUGCAGCUGUGUAAUGAAUGGUAAAUGCACCGGUUUGGAUUCAGGCACAGCCCCAGUCUGCCUGCAGGUGGCGUAUGUGUUCGUGUUUUAAUGUAUUCAGAGCCAUUGGGCAAUAAGCAGUCCAGAACAUUGAAAACUCAAGCAGCAGAGAACUAAACUGGUAGGUGGCAGCAGAGGAAGGAAUUCUUCAGAUUGAUGGCUACUGACUUAAAGUCUGCAUAGGAGAAGAGAUAGAGCAUGACAUACCAAGUGAAGCAAGGGGGACAAAAAUGGAAACAGGACUAAGAUUCCUGCAUUUUGACUCUAAAUGGUUCUUUUGAAGUAACCAAUGUGGUUACUUUUUUGCUUACCCUCAUCAACAGAAUGGAUGAAGAUAGAUUUGACUAUGUGCUUUUUCAAGUGGAGAAUGUGAAUAUACAGAACAAGAAAGCAAUAACUAACCUGUUUGAUGCAGUCUGUUUUCUAAAUAAAGACACCAUGCACUGGAAAUAAAA